AUGGCAGCCCAUCGUGCCGAUGCCAGCUCGUUCCUCGAUAACCGCGGCUACAAGGGCCCCCUGGUCCGUGGCGUCAACCCCGCCACGCUCUUCGAGAAAGCCGUGCGCGACCGCAUCACCGACUCAUACUACUGGAAGGAACAGUGCUUCGGUUUGAACGCAGCGACUUUGUGCGAUCGCGCAGUCGAACUGACCUCCAUCGGUGGAACAUAUGGUGUCUCUGAAAAACCAACCCCCUUCCUUUGCCUCGCAUUCAAGCUCCUCCAGCUCGGGCCCGACCGAGACGUCAUCCUCGAACUCCUCAAUUACACCGACCCCGGCAGUGGCGACGAGGCGGAAGAUCCAGAUAGUGCUCUUGUCAAGGACCGAGGCGACUUCAAAUAUCUGCGCGCUCUUGCGGCAUUCUAUGUGCGACUGACCUUCGACCCGGUCGAUGUCUACAAAACCCUGGAACCACUACUUCUCGAUUACCGGAAACUGAAGCGACGGGUGCGCGACACUUUCACGCUUACAUAUAUGGAUCAGUUCGUCGACGAUCUUCUCACGAAAGACCGUGUCUGUGGUACUAGUCUCUGGAAGCUGCCGCCGCGAUCACAACUGGAAGACUUAGAUUUGCUGGACGAGCGAAUCAGUCCCUGUGAGCCAGAAGACUGA